AUGCCCAAGGUCAAGAGCUAUUCGGCAGCUUGGCUGUCAGGCAACGCUCCUGGCCACCGUCUCUUCGAGCAAUCGCCUGAAGCUAUCAAGUCUCGUGGGCUAGAAUCAAACUACUCCUCCAAGAAAAAGACUAUUCCUGGCCCGCGUAGAACAAUUGCUCGCCGAGGCACUGAGGUAUUUGUUGCAGUUGGCCGUGAAAUCCGCUGGGGAGACCUUGCGUAUUUGAAGGACGAAUGGGCGAACCGUCGUUCAAAGAGUAGAUCGUCGCAAGGCGUUCACAUCAAGCGCGAGGACUCUACGCAGUCGCUUGAAGAUGACAACCUAGAAAAUGCUGCUGGCUUGAGGACGAUCAAAACGCCUGUCGCAGAUGACAUUCGACAACUUAUCAUUUCUCCGAACUCGAGCUUUAUGGCCAUCCUCACCACGCAUACGAUCCACAUCUGUGUGCUCCCAGAUCCAUCGCACCUCACCAGCGGCGACACCGGCCCUUUGAAGCCCAAGAUCUUCACCCUUGGGCCUACCACCCAUGUCACUUCCCGGUCUCCCAUCGCCUCAGCCCUAUGGCAUCCGUUGGGAGUCAAUGGCUCAUGCAUUGUCACGACUACCGCGGAUGCUAUCGUUCGUGUCUGGGAAUUGUCAGCCACCGAUCGAUGGUCAUUCGACACACCUAGUACGUCUGUCGACCUGAAGAAACUGGUGGAUGCCACAACCCUGGACCAGGACUUCUCUGCCUCAACAACAAACACCAACAAAGCCUUUUCGCCCGAUUCAUUCGAUAUGGAGGUGGCUGCUGCGAGUUUCUCUACUAAAGGAGCGGGUGGCUGGAAUCCUAUGACUCUGUGGAUCGCAAUGAGAGAGGGAGACGUUUACGCCUUGUGCCCUCUUCUCCCCCAGAAAUGGGCACCCCCCCCAACACUCAUUCCCUCCCUGUCGGUAUCAAUCGUCACUACAGUUGCCAGUAUUGAGGAUGACCCCGAGGUUAGCGAGCAAGACAAGCUGCUCGCUCAGCAACAACUGGAAUGGAUGGGCGAACUGGACGCUCAAGAGCCGGCAAUCGUGGAUGGACCUAUUGGAGAUCCAAUCACUGAAGUUUAUACACGACCGAGCCGUCCCGGCGCUAUCCCUCGCCUGCAGGGCCCAUUCGAGCUUCAGUCGGAUCCUGAUACUGGUGAUGAGCUGGACACUUCAGUCACUGACAUGCUUGUGAUUGGGAAAAAGACCGAGACUGAGGAUCUCAUGAUGGGCGAGGAAGAGGAUCUGGAUAUGGACGACGGAGAUCAAGAGGGCCUGUCUCUUGCUGUUGUCUGUCUGUUGUCCACGAGCGGUCAGGUUCGUGUAUACCUUGAUCUCGAAGGCGUCCAGGCUCAGUGGCUGCCCCCAAAGAACAAAAACAAGCUUGGCCGCCUCCUCGCCGAGGCCGACCCCCCUUCCCUCCUGUCCUUCCAGGCCAUUGAUACAAUGAGCCCUGUAGAAGUCAACGAGGAUAGCUGGCCAGUUUUUAGCCUCGAUGUCACCUCUCGAUACAGCUUUUUUGUCACCCACCAUGCUGCUAUCACACACAUAUCGCUCACCUCUUGGAUCUUCCGACUCGAGAGUGAGCUGAAUUCAGACUCUGACGCAGGGGCUGAUUUCAGAAUUGGUCUACUUGUCAACUCCCAAUCGAUAAGGGACCGGAUAUACUCACAGCCUACCGCCGAUAUUGCAGUACCCUUAGCUGCGUGCAAUGCUUUGCGAGACCCUGAUGUUGGCUACUUCCUUCUCUCGGCAACACCCUACGAGCCUAUUGCCUUGACGUUCGAUAUGCCCGAAGCUGAUCUUGCACCAAUCCGUCAGGAAAGCCCCACCUAUGAGCGAGAAGCCAGCAUGUUGCCAUUGGAGUUUUGUGAGCCUCGUCCCGUGUUCAACCCAUCGCAUGCAUUCGACGAGGGCUCUGCUUUGCCUACUCUGCUGGAGAGGCUCCGCACAUCCCGACACAAGACGAUUGUGAACCAGGAAGUACGUCUAAGUCCGCUUACAUUGCAAAUCUUUACCGAUGCGCACAAGGUCUUGGCGGACGAGACGUAUCGCCUCGGAGUGGCUGCAGCAGAAGUUUUCCGCAAAUGUGAACUUCUUCAGGGCGAGCUCAAACAACAAGUUAUGAAAGCCAACGAAGUAAAGGGAAGGAUCGACACGAUCAAUGGUCUGCACCGUGAUGAUGAGGCGGACGACGCUAUGUAUGUUAGGCGCAUUGCAACAGCGAAAGAUCGUCAGGGCCAGCUGGCGGAGCGCUUGGAGAAUCUGCGCAAGAUCGUGGGCAAGUCAACAACGCGCGACUUGAGCGCCAAGGAACGUGCUUUUGUGGAGGAAGUUAGGUCAAUGGAAGCAAGCAUCGCAGCCCCCGAUUACGCGGACUUGGCUGCAGGCAAAGCGGCGCCGUCACCUGCGCAGGCGAAGCAAUUGUGGAAACGUCUGGAAGACAUCAAGCACUUGCAAGCCGAUCUUGCAGCUGAGGUGGAGGCAAUGAAUAAGGCUACAGGGGACACGGAUGGGCCCGCCACACCAUCGGCCGAGAUACGGAUCCCACACGAGGUUCGGAGGGCAAAGAUGCAGCAAGUUCAAGGAUUACUCUCCAGAGAGACAGCCUUGGUAGAAGCUGUCACUGCACGACUGGAACGACUACAAUCCGGCCUCUAG